AUGCCGCCGCUCCUCGACCUCGCCCACCGCGCCGCCGUCGUCGGUCUCGUCGGCACCGGCGUCUGGGGCAUCUGGCUCACCGGCGCCGUGUGGAAGAGCCGCCGCGACGACAGCUCGAUUCACGGCAUCAUCACGCCCACCGAGGCCGCCGCUCAGCGGCAGCAGGCCGAGGCGUUCCAGGCGCAGCAGGCCGAGGCCAAGCGCGCCGUGCCGCGCUCGGGCAUGAGCGGCCCGCGCGGGCUGCUGCAGCAGGCCUCCAAGCCGCGCACCGCGGGCGACGGCGAGAAGGAGGUGUAA